GAACGCACACUAACGCGAAAGUUUAGUUUUGUGCUGCCAAAUAAAAGAGACGAUGGACGGAAUUUCGGGUGUUUUUUGGGAUGAAAAGGGCACAAAACCGUUCAAAAACUCUCCCUAAAGUGAUUCAGAAGGGAUUUGGUGACCCAAAGUAGAGUAGAGUGAAGUGAAAAUUGACAAAAUCCAGGUGUAACGUGAGAAAUCAAAGGUGUGUGAUUCAUUGGAAUUCCGAGAGUGUUUUGACACAGUUUCAUGUUGUCUUUUUCGUGAUUAGUGGAGGUGAGUGCUAGAUUUAAUAGAGGAAAUUCCUGGAGACAGUCUCUCUUGUGGCCCAGUAAGUGUUUGGGGCGCGUCUGAGGUGCGCCCUUUCCCGUGACCUCCAGUGUCACUAAGAACGCCACACAUUCCUCCUGUUCAAGGAGGGUCGAGAGAGGCGGAAGUUGCCAUUGUCCAAGAACCAAAAAGAUUGGACAGAGAUGGAGCUUAAAGUGUGGGUGGAGGGCAUCCAGAGGAUUGUCUGUGGGGUCACCGAGGCCACAACUUGUCAGGACGUUGUCUUUGCAUUGGCGCAUGCCACUGGAAAAGUGGGCAGAUUUACACUCAUCGAGCGCUGGCGAAACAAUGAACGCUUGCUAGCGCCAACGGAAAAUCCCCUGAAAAUCCUCAUGAAAUGGGGAGAGUAUUCAAGUGAUGUGCAAUUUAUUCUGCAGCGCAGUGAUCAGCCAAAGAACACUGCCUUGCAGUCCCCACAGCAAAUUUUGCGACAGCAACAACGUCAGCAAGAGCAGCAGCCCACAGAAGCCCAGAGUGUGGUCCUUGUGGCUCCUCAGGGUGAUCGACUGAAGGAGAAUAUGUCGCCCAUUGAGCGAGGCCGGGAAACACGUAAGAGUUUCACCGGAGGUAGUCUAGACCUAAAGUCUGAGAAUGUUGGCAUUGUUCGUGGAGUACCCCAGAAAUCAUCCCCCACGGACUCCAAUAGUCCCCUCCAUUCGCCCCAGGGUUCCAAUGAACCCCUAUAUGCGGGAGUUGUAAAGCCUGCCCAAUCCUCAGCGGCCACUGUCACCAAGAGUGGAGAAUUCACCUCAGCUGACGUCCGGAAUGCCCUGGAUCGCAAGACGACUCCCGGACUGGCGGGGAGUAGCGAAAAUAUCCUCGAAGGACCACCGAUCUCCUCAAAUGGUGCCCUUGUGCCGCCUCCGUACCGAGAUCCGCCCCCACCGCGAAAUUCACCGCUUCAGCAUACGUCAAAGAGCGUAGCUGGCGGUAGCCUGGAACUGAUGGAGGCACAGUACCUUCACAAUGGGGCGCAAUACCGUGACCUCAUUCAGCUGAUAAAGCUGCAGCGCGAAAAGAUCAGCAUGCAGCAGGCCGAUCUCACCAAGUACGAUGCAGAGAUUGUGUACCUGGAGAACAAGGAGCGCGAGCAGGCUCAACAAUUGGAGGCGAUCGCUCGUGAGAUCAGUAAGACCGAUCAGAUCUUCAGGCAGGGCAAUGAGCAGCUCCAAACAUUGCAGUAUGUGGAGGAGGAGAAUGAGCUGGUGCGACAGCAGGAGAAGACACUGAAGUCAGAGAUAACGCUAUUGCGUUCCAAAUUGGCCAACUGUGAAACUGAACUGCUGCAGUGCAAGAAUAAAAUUCGACAUCUAAUGGAUGACAUACAAAUUGAGCAAAGGGUCAUCAAUAGGCAGUUCGAUACGCGGCAACAAAUGGAGCGGCAAAUUGUGGCAGAAGUGGAUAGGAUACAGGCAGAAAUUGAGCAGAUUGUCAAGACAGCCGAGUCCUCCAACAAGACAAUGGAGAAUUUGAAGAAGGAAGUGUCCUUCAUAGAGACUGCAAUAGCUGAGAAGAAGAAGCAAGUGGAGCAUCUGGUCAAUGAGAUGAAAGAGGUGAAUCUUCAGAGUUUGGCUGUGGCGCCAUCUGAGGAAAUUCGCCAUCUACUUGAGGGAUCAAAUCGUCCAGGAAGCACCCGCAGGAUCAUAGGAUCACCAAGGCAGCUUGAAAAUGCUGUGCCCACUAGCAAAAAUCCCCAUGGGGUUUGGGUUUAAAAAGACAAUUCAUGCAAAAGACCACUCUGUAGAUUUUUAGGGAACAAAAGAUUGAGAUAGUUUAGAGAAGUAUGCAGAAUAAUAUCAAAAGAAUAUGUUUAAUAUCUAGUCUAUGAUGUUGAUGCCAUUAGACACAAAUUUAGAGAGAAUUAUGCAUACUGGGAAAGUAUUAUUUGGACAAAAUUACCUUCUCAUUCCAAUUUUCUUUAUAGUGUAUUUUUCUUUUUGAAUGUAGACUUGGAAACAAUCUUCAAAUAAAUUUUAUUCAAAUUCAAA